AUGUCGGAGGGACGGGACGAGUCCCUGCCCGCCUGUUUCGCGGGGCUGGGCACGGGCAGCCCACGGCCGCGGCAGAAGCGGGGUGGCAUGUUCUGCAGCGUGGAAGACGCCUUCGACAAGAAGACCCUGGAUUUCCCCUCCCUCGGAGCCCCCAACCCCGGGACCCCCGCCAGCGGGUACCGCCAGGUCCCCAGCUCCACCGCGGCCCCGCCGACCUCGAGGGCCGCUCCUCCGGGAUCGCUGCUCGACGGCUGUCGCCAGGGCGACCAGCUUCUAGUCAAAGGAGGAAGAAUUGUCAAUGAUGAUCAGUCAUUUUACGCAGAUGUUUACGUGGAAGAUGGUUUAAUAAAGCAGAUUGGAGAGAACCUGAUUGUUCCUGGUGGAGUGAAGACGAUUGAUGCCUAUGGGCAGCUGGUGAUGCCAGGGGGGAUUGAUGUCCACACCAGGCUGCAGAUGCCAGUCAUGGGGAUGACCUCUGCUGAUGACUUCUUCCAAGGCACAAAAGCAGCCCUGGCUGGAGGCACCACAAUGAUCAUUGACCACGUCUGCCCCGAGGCCGGCAGCAGCCUCCUGGCCGCCUUCGAGCAGAGCCGGGGCUGUGCUGACAGCAGCUCCUGCUGUGACUACGCCCUGCACGUCGAUGUGCCCCGCUGGCACGAGAGCCUGAAGGAGGAGAUGGAGGCCCUGGUGAAGGACAAGGGUGUGAACUCCUUCCUAGUGUUCAUGGCCUACAAAGACAAGCUGCAGUGCACUGAUGCCCAGAUGUAUGAGAUAUUCUGCAUUAUUCGGGACCUGGGGGCCAUCGCCCAAGUGCACGCAGAGAACGGGGACAUCAUUGAUGAGGAGCAGAAGCGGCUGCUGGAGCUGGGCAUCACCGGGCCCGAGGGACACGUCCUCAGCCGCCCCGAGGAGGUGGAAGCAGAGGCCGUGUACCGUGCCAUUACCAUCGCCAGGCAAGCCAACUGCCCCUUGUAUGUCACCAAAAUCAUGAGCAGGGGCGCGGCAGAUGUCUUAGCUCAAGCAAAGAGAAAAGGGGCAGUGGUGUUUGGGGAGCCCAUCACCGCCAGCUUAGGCACCGACGGAUCACACUACUGGAGCAAGAACUGGGCCAAGGCAGCUGCCUUUGUCACCUCUCCCCCCCUCAGCCCGGACCCCAGCACACCAGACCACCUCACCUCCCUCCUCUCCUGCGGGGACCUGCAGGUUGCUGGCAGUGCCCACUGCACCUUCACCACCGCACAGAAGGCCGUGGGGAAGGACAACUUCACCCUCAUCCCCGAGGGGACCAACGGCAUCGAGGAGCGGAUGUCCAUCAUCUGGGAGAAGUGUGUGGUCUCUGGGAAGAUGGAUGAGAACGAUUUUGUUGCAGUGACCAGCACCAAUGCUGCCAAGAUCUUCAACUGCUACCCCAGGAAGGGGCGCGUUGCCGUGGGUGCUGAUGCAGACUUGGUGUUGUGGAACCCCAAGGCUACUAAAAUCAUCUCAGCAAAGACUCACAAUCUGAACGUGGAAUACAACAUAUUUGAAGGUACAGAGUGCCACGGCGUUCCGACCGUGGUCAUAAGUCAAGGAAAAGUUGUUUUUGAAGAUGGAAACCUGUUUGUCACCCAGGGCUCAGGUCGCUUCAUUCCUAGAAAGACGUUCCCUGAUUUUGUCUAUAAAAGGAUAAAAGCAAGAAACAGGCUGGCCGAGGUCCAAGGUGUCCCCCGGGGUCUCUAUGAUGGGCCGGUCCACGAGGUCCUUGCCAGCGCCAGAGCCGUGGCCUCCACCUCAGCCUCACGGAUGGUGCCUUGCACCGGCAAAGCCCAGGCCGGCCCCGUCCGCAACCUCCACCAGUCGGGGUUCAGCUUGUCGGGCUCCCAGGCAGAUGACCACAUCGCCAGACGCACGGCUCAGAAGAUCAUGGCCCCGCCGGGCGGGAGGUCCAACAUCACCUCUCUGUCCUGA